UCCGCAGCUGCCGCUAGCCGCGGCUAACAGCUACCAGCUAACACUCGCAGCUCCGAGCAGAGAGACGGGGACAGACAGAGACAGACGGGGACAGACGGAGACAGGCGGGGACAGACAGACAGGUGUCUGUGUCUGUGGAUGGAAGUGCGGAGCGCCGCCAUGGGACCGGAGAGAGUGUUACCGAGCUCCGAGGACGAGCUGGGAGAGAACGAACGCACGGCCAAUGGAACGCUUCCCUCGCCGGGCGCCAUGUGGAGUGGGGGCCAGGGAGGGGGGGAGGAGGAGGAGGGAGAAGAGCUGGAGCUGGAUGGCGAGGGGGGGGAGGAGGAGGGUUAUUAUUACCAACCUCUGAACCAGGAUCCUGAGAGCGCGCACGCCAUGGAGGAGGAGGAGCCUUCGAACGCUGAGCAGCUGCAGCAGAGGAUCGAGGUGAUGGGCCUCCACCUUCCUGAAGCUCCGCCCCUGGACAGUGAUGAGGAGGAGGAGCCAGAGGUGGCGGCGUCUCUGAGGAGCCGCGCCUCCAUCCCCAUGGACGCAGACCACGUGGAGCUGGUGAAGAGGACGAUGGCGGCGGUGGCGUUGCCGUCGCUCGGCGUGCCGGCGUGGGCCCAGGAGAUCUCCGACGACCAGUGGAUGGACAUGGUCCAACACACGCUGCAGAGCCGGCACGCCGCCGGCACGCCGCCGGCGCCCUGCGCCUCAGCCACCAUGGCAGCAGCAGCGGGCCCUGAAUGCACCACGACCAUUUCAGGGACACUGAAGUAACUGCAUGAACGUCACAAUAAAACUUUAUUGUUGUCAGACUCAGUGACGAACAUGGGGGAGGGGGUGGGGUCACACUACGCUAAUUUUAUCAAUAAGUAACUGAUCAACUGAUUGGUGGAAUUGAAUUCUUCGUAUGAAAUCAGCCAAGAAUCGAACUCAUCAGUUAAUUGAUCAGAGAUGAGGACCAAUAACCUUAAUGUAUUGAACAGGAAGUUUCCACUGUCAUGUUUUCAGAAUAAAUGUUAUUUACUGAACUGAUAAAUAAAAUCAAUGACUUUAUAGAUUUCAAACAAACAAGGUCAAAGGCCCAAACACUGAGGGAAUCAUGUCUGAUAAACAUCAGCUGAUCAAACCUCAUUGUGUUUCUGACAUUUUAUUUUGAAAAUGACAGCAGGUUUCAGACAGGAAAUGCUCUGAUGUCACAGGUUGUCCUGACAACAGCUGCAAACAUUCCGUUUUUUUUUCUGUUUUGGAAAAAGUAUAAACAUAUUUAAUUUUCUUGUUUAUAAAUGAAAUGAUUAAUUGAUUAAAUGUUAGAUUUUUAGGGUAAAGUCUCAUAUUCCCACUUUUAUUAAAAUACCCAAUGUGUAUUUGUGUGCGUGUACAGCCCAGGCCAAAAGUUUUGAGUGACAAGUAUUGGUUUUCACAAAGUGUUGCUUCAGUGUUUUCAGAUCUUUUUAUCAGAUGUUACUAUGGUAUACUGAAGCAUAAUUACAAGCAUUUCAUAAGUGUCAAAGGAUUUUAUUGACAAUUACAUUCAGUUUAUGCAAAGAGUCAAUAUUUGAAGUGUUGACUCUUUUUUAAGACCUCUGUUAUUCACCCUGGCAUGCUGCCAGUUAACUUCUGGGCCACAUCCUGACUGAUGGCAGCUCAUUCUUGCAUAAUCAAUGUUUGGACUUUGUCAGAUUUUGUGGGUUUUUGUUUGUCCACCCGCCUCUUGAGGAUUGACCACACAUUCUUAAUGGGAUUAAGGUCUGGGAGUUUCCAGCCAUGGACCCAACAUGUCGAUGUUUUGUUCCCCGAGCCACUAAGUUCUCACUUUCCCCUCAUGGCACGGUGCUCCAUCAUGCUGGAAAAGGCAUGGUUCCACACCAAACUGUUCUUGGAUGGUUGGGAGAAGUGACUCUCCGAGGAUGUUUUGGUACCAUCCUUUAUUCAUGGCUGUGUUCUUAGGCAAAAUUGUUAGUGAGCCCACUCCCUUGGCUGAGAAGCAACCCCACACAUGAAUGUUCUCAGGUUGCUUUACUGUUGGCACGACACAGGACUGAUGGUAGCGAUCACCUUUUCUUCUCCAGACAAGCUUUUUUCCAGAUGCCCUAAACAAUCGCUAAGGGGAUUCAUCAGAGAAAAGGACUUUACCCCAGUCCUCAGCAGUCCACUCCCUGUACCUUUGACAGAACAUCAGUCUGUCCCUGAUGUUUCUCCUGGAGAGAAGUGGCUUCUUUGCUGCCCUUCUUGACACCAGGCCAUCCUCCAAACGUCUUCGCCUCACUGUGGUGCAGAUGCACUCACACCUGACUGCUGCCAUUCCUGAGCAACCUCUGCACUAGUGGUGCCUUGAUCCUGCAGCUGGAUCAACUUUAGGAGACGGUCCUGGCGCUUGCUGGACUUUCUUGGGCGCCCUGAAGCCUUUUUAACAACAAUUGAACCUCUCUCCUUGAAGUUCUUGAUGAUCCGAUAAAUGGUAAAUUUAGGUGGAAUCUUACUAGCAGCAAUAUCCUGGCCUCUGAAGCCCUUUUUGUGCAAAGCAAUGAUGACUGCAGGUGUUUCCUUGCAGGUAACCAUGGUUAACAGAGGAAGAACAAUGAUUUCAAGCACCACCCUCCUUUUAAAGCUUCCAGUCUGCUAAUCUGUCUAAAUCAGCAGGACAGAGUGAUCUCCAGACUUGUCCCCAUCAACACUCUCCCCUGUGUGAACAAGAGAAUCACUGACAUGAUGUCAGCUGGUGCUUCUGGGGCUGAAAUGCAGUGGAAAUGGUUUUUAGGGAUAAAGUUCAUUUUCGUGGCAAAGAGGGACUUUUCAAUUAAUUGCAAUUCAUCUGAUCACUCUUCAUAACAGUCUGGAGUAUAUGCAAAUUACCAUUAUAAAAACUGAGGCAGCAGACUUUGUGAAAAUGUAUAUUUGUGCCACUCUCAAAACUUUUGGCAACGGCUGUAGAUGUGUGUGCUCUCAUGUACGUGUACGUGUGUAAAUCAAACUGUCAAACACUAUAUUUCUUUUAUUUUCUUCUGUACAUGAACAUUUGUACAAAAUCACACUUUGACUCAUGUGAUGUUUGGACUCAUUAAAAGGUAAAAAAUAAACUGAACCCCGGAAUAAAAA